AUGGGUCGUGCUAAAAUAACGAUGAAAUUCAUCCAAAAUCAAAAAGCUCGAAAAUUAGCUUUCAUUCGGAGACACAAUGGAUUAACCAAAAAAGUUUCUGAGUUUUCUAAACAAUUUGGAGUUGAAGCUUGUUUAGUUGUGUGUGAUGGCGAUGACGCUAGAUCGAUAACUUGGCCACAAGACUCAACAAUUGUAUACUCAGUGCUUAAAAAGUAUGAGCAACAAAAGAUUGAGACAACUCCUAAGAAGUUUGAUGUGAUUGACUAUUUUGCGGUUAGGAAAAACAUGGUUGAAGUUGAGAUUUCCAAAAUGCACAAAAAGAUUGUGAUGAACAAGUAUCCAACAUGGAGUCCAUGCUUCCAUACAAUAGAUGGAGAGCAACUUAAAGGCUUCGUUGAUAUUGUAGAUGCAAAGAUUCAAGCUUGUAAUCACAAAAUUAGCAUGCUAAAAAAUAUGCAACAAAGUAAUAAAAAUAGUUUUAUGCAAAACCUAGCUCAACAAAAUGUUGCCUCCUCGCACUCUAGUCAACUUGAUCUUACGCAUAGCAUUCCACAAAUUCAACAUAUCUCUAGUGAUCCUAUAGAGAUUGUUAAUGAUAAUAUUAGUGAGGCAAAGGAGUUCACUAAUUGUGUUAGGUUGCCUCUUGUUUCAUUGACAAAUCAAACAAGUAAACCUACAAAGUUAGAUAAUAUGAUGGUUGAACCUCUUCAAGAACGUGCUAAUCAACUUGAGGAAUUUCCGCAGUUAGAUGAUUUGAUGCUUAAACCUGAGAAUCGUAUUUCUAACCUUGCAAGUUUUGAAGAAUGGGCUAAUCAACUAGAUGAUUAUCUUGUGAAUUGGAAUAGUCAACCUGAUUUAUCUACCUGGCAAGAUAUUUCAUUUAUAUCCUAG